UCUUGGUGGAGACGCUGAGGAUUGUGGGACUUGUGGUGCAGAAUCUUCUUCUUCUUCUCCUCUGUGACGGCAGGAUGUUGGGCUCGGUGCUGCUAUGCUGUUGGUCCUUCAGCCUGCUCCGGCUCUCCUCCUCUCUGGUUCACGGAAACAUCCAUCUGGACGACGGUCCGGCCGCCGGCCGCCGCGCCGAGACCGCAUACCUGUCUGACCUCGAGAGAAGCCACGUCCCCGACGCCGACCUCCUACCUGUGGACUCAGUGGAGGAUCCCUUCCUGAUGGACCCAGGGUCCUACGACGAGGUGGGUGACUCGUCCUUGCAGCUGCAGGGUCGGGCCAUGCGCUCGCCUCGCCGCUGCAUCCCCCACCAGCAGUCGUGUCUGGGUUACCCGCUGCCCUGCUGCGACCCCUGUGACACCUGCUACUGCCGCUUCUUCAACGCCAUCUGCUACUGCCGCCGAGUCGGCCACGCCUGCCCUCCCAGGCGCACCUGAUGCGUAGAAAGCGUGUUGAUGCUCUUUCUGUUGCGUGUCGAACAAAAUGUGCUGUUUGUGUAA